UCCAAUUUCCAAUCACUCCUCACUUUCUCUCUCUAACCCCAAUCCUUUCUCUCUCUAGUUCGACUCAGACUCUCUCUCUAUCCCCAAUCCUUUCUCGUCGCUCCUCACUUUAUCUCUCUACCCCACUCCUUUCUCUAUCUAGCUCGACUCAGACUGGUCUCUCCUCGCUCCCCGCUCUUCAAUGGAGAUCUUGAUCUACCAAAAUUAUACUGCGAACACAGUCCCGGUUGGAGUUUGAUUUGGGAGCCAAAUCGACAUCUGAUUCGCCAAAACAGGCCAACAAUCAUCGACAUUAUCUCCAUUUUUGUUCACUCGCAAAUAUCGACAACAAGGUCUUGAAGUUUGCUGACUUUGGAUUGGCCAGUGCAUUUGGUGUUCCUCUUAGGACCUACAGUGGCAAGAAAAUAUGAGGCAUAAUAAGAAAGCCAAAUGUAUUAAGGGUGUCAUGACUAGUGAGGUACAAUAGUCACUUCAGCAGCAAUGGGUUCAUCAGGUUGGCUCCAUGCAAACACAACACACUGGCUUUGUGCAAACUCUAUGUUGAAAACUGUGGCUCAAAUUUGCCAACUCAGCAUUGAUUACAUCAUCCAUUACUUCAUCAACUUGGCAGCCAAGGUGAGUGUUCAAGAAGCUGUUAUAGUGCCAUGUGUGGUCAACAAGAAUAUACUUGAUCAGCAAACAUAUGUUGAUGAUGUUUUGGCUAUAAAUAGCCUUUGCUCCACUUGGUUUUUUCGCAUCCUGGGAUCAUCAGUUGAGUAUAGUUGAGUGAAUUUGUAGUAUUAUUUGGAGUGAGAGAUUUUAGGUGUAAUUGGGUUUUGGGUGUGAGCCAUUUUGCCUUGUAUCUCUUUAUUUCCAAAGUGAAAUAUUGUUCUAUCUUCUCUCCAUGGAUGUAGGCAUAGCCGAACCACGUAAAUCCUUAUCUCGUUUGUGUGUGUGCUAUUUUAUUUUCUUGUCAUUAAUUUUCUUUUUGUUCUUAUAAACUCCUUUUCGAUCCUUAUUUCAUAACAAACUGGUAUCAGAGCUCGGGUUCGUAUAUUGUGUACAGAUACUGUUCACAAAUACAGUACUAUUCGCCGAGAAAUUUUUUGGGGAUUUUUUUAAGAUGUCGACCAGAUACGAAAUUGAGAAAUUUAAUAACAAGAUUAGCUUCAGUCUUUGGCGCAUUAAGAUGCAGUCCCUGCUGACUCAGCAAGGUCUAAAAAAGGUGUUGUUCGGGAAGGACAAGUUGCCAACAACUAUAUCCAAUGAAGACAAAGAUGAGGUUGAUGAAAAGGCGCGCAGUGUGAUUAUUUUGAAUCUAGCUGAUGAGGUGCUGCGUGAAGUUAUUGAUGAAGACACGGCGGCAAAGUUAUGGCUGAAAUUAGAAAGUCUGUAUAUGACAAAGUCUUUCACCAACAGACUCUACCUGAAAUAGAGACUCUACACCCUUUGUAUGAAGGAAGGUGUGCCUCUUAAGAAGCAUAUUGAUAAUUUCAAUUCUAUUACUAUGGAUUUGAAAAAAUACUGAUAUUAAAAUUGAUGAUGAGGAUUAAGCCCUUAUUUUGUUGUGUUCUUUGCUCUAUGGAAAAGACACUAUUAGUAUGGAGAAUAUUAAAUCCUCAUUGAACUCUCAGGAGUUGAGCAAAAAGGUGUCUGGGAAUAUUGGAGAUGAAGAGGCCGAUGGUCUAUUUGUAAGAGGCAAAAGUGAGACAAAGAGUUCUGGUAGUAGGGGCAAAUCUAGAUCUCAUAAAAAUGUGGAAUGUUACUACUGUCACAAGAUAGAGCACAUCAUCAAGCAUUGUCCCAAACUAAAGGCAAAUAAUGGGAAUGGCAAAGAGAAGGUUCAAGAAGCAGCUUAUGUGGCAACUACUACAACGAGUGAUUCGGAAAGUGACGAAUAUGUUCUCAUAACAACCUUAUGUUCAUGUAUGUCAUUUAAUGAUGGUUGGAUUCUUGAUUCUGGUUGUUCCGUUUAUAUGUGUCCCAGUAAGGAUUCGUUCUCUUCCUAUAAAGAGGUGAAAUGUGGUUUGAUUUUGACUGCAGAUAGAAAAACUUUCAAAAUUUUGAGAAUUGGAACAAUCAAGAUCAAGAUGCACAAUAGGUUGGUGAGACCAUUGUCCGAUGUGUGACAUGUACCGGAUCUGAAGAUGAAUCUUAUUUCAGUAGGUGUGCUAGACUCCAAAGGUUACAAGGUUGUAACAGAGGGUGGAACAAUGAUGGUCGUGAUGGAUUCUCUUGUGGUGCUACAGGGCACCAAGGUGAAAAUUUUGUAUCUUCUCCAACGGAAUACAGUAAUAGGUGGAGCUACUACAGGAUCUUCUACAGUUUGCAGAAAUUUGCGUUCGGGUCUUAGCAAAAGAAGAGUUAGAAAGAGGAGUUAUGAUCCUAGUUCUCAAAAGGGUUGUGAGGGGACUACACAAUAUGGUAGGAAAAUGAAAUCCUUUUUUAGAUGGCAACCGAAAUUGCAGCAGUUCUUGAUAAGCGCUAAAAAGUGCGCAUUUAAACCCCGUAAUCUUAAAUGUUCUAGAACCUUAUUCUAUCUUAUUUUCGUUUUAGAUUAAUUUCAUGUUAUUUCCCUUUUCAGACACUUAUCCCUGAAAUAAGUCAAUUCAGCUGAAUUAGAGCAUUAAAAGAAGUAAUCUCAAGCCUAGUGGAAGAAAGGAGCAAAGUGGUGAAAAAACCUUCAAUGAUCGAUCGAACCAAGCUAUGAUCGAUCACACUGUGAUCGUUCCAACCCUGUUAUGAUGGAUCGAGCCCUUUGUCCUUAUCCUCAGGAAAAUUUCCUGUUCGAUCAAUCCAAUCUUUCUUCUGAUCGAUCAAACCCUUUUGAUCUUAUCCUCACCUUCCACUUUUGUCAUUUUCAUAAAAUUAUCUCAGCCUUGUCCUUAUCCAAAAAAUGUACCGCUAUGGUUUGAUCAAUUCGAGCAACUAUGUGAUCGAUCGAACUGCCUCAAAUUGCGUGAAAAACAGAGUUCAAGCCAAAUUAAAGGUGUACUCGUGGUGCAAUCAUUUGGAGGUCCUAGUGCACGAGAUCUGACAAUUGGGUGAAACAUUUGAGCUACCUAUAUAAGGAUUUUGGCUAUUUUGAGUAAGAGAUGUUAGUUAGAGAAAGAGACUUGGCUAGAGAUUAGAGAUAGAAACAUACAAUUUGGGAAAGUUCUUCCACUCGUCUAGGGUUUCUACCAAGAACACAAGAUGAAGAGGAUGAAUUCUACUAUGGAAAUAGCCCUUGAGGGUUGGAUGACAACAUCAAUGAGUGGCUAAACCAUUCUCUUGGGACUAAAGAUAGCCCUAAGCAUGCCUCAUAGACUUUGAUAUUUUAUAAUUAAUGGGGAUUUGUGUUGUAUUUCUUGUCUUGACAUCUUAUAUUUAUAAAUCUUGUUUCUACAAUGAUUUAUGUAGUUUAAUACUUCCAAUUGAUCAUUUAAUUCUAUCUAUAUGUCUAUGUAUGCUAGAAUGAAUGUUCAUGUGUUUAUCUCUAGAUUUUGUGACAUUGAUGCAUGUCUAUGUGUGUUGAUAUUAUAAAUCUAGUGAUGGUCAAGGCAUGGUGCUUAAAUGGAUUACUCUUGUGGUUUAUUUGAUGGUUCAUAAUUAUUUCUUGAUGGAUUGUGCCACCUUCUUAGUUUAAUUAGUUUAAUUUUCAUGUCAUUAGCUUAGUUAUAGUGUAAUUGCCUUACUUUCUUAGAUAGGUGGACAAUCCAUUCUUAUUAUUUGAUGUUCCAUGCUUAUGAAUGCAAGUGGUAUAUUUCUCUAACCUAAUGAGUGUGCAUUAAUUGUGAACUUAUGGAUGGAUUAAUGGCUUAAUUUGAUAUGUUGUGCUAUUCACUAGAUUGAUUAGACAAUGUAUGCUUAGUUGGCCAUCCAUGUUUAAUAUUUCAAUUAAUGGCACACACUUUCAUUUACAACACACAAUCCCCCUAAUCCAUCAAAUAUUGAAUGUCUAGGAAGGUAGUGCUUAAUGGUGAACUCUAUGACCCAAGACCUUUCUCUCAUAUAUUUUCUCUAUUUCUAGCUUGUUGCUUACUUACAUUAUUUUAAGUGAACCAUUAGUUUAAUCAAAUCAAAUCAUCUUUUGAUCAUUCGACCUACUAAUCCAUUAUUGAUUCCAAGAAUACCGCUCCUUUCCCUUGGGAUGAUCCAUACUUACUCUAGCUACAUUAAUAGUUAGUAGUGGUAGUGACAUUCUAUAAAUUCAAACUUGGCCACACUACAUUUUACCACACUUUGUGCUUUGGUAUUUGACACACACCAAUCCUUAUAGGGAGGCAGACCUAUGAGGACAGGUGCGAUAUUGACUUGCAAUAAUCUUGGUGGCAAUGAGAUAGUCCAUUCGAGUGCCAUUAAGAUACAUAGGAGGUAAGUAGUUGGUCACAAUAGAGAUGCAAAAAAAAGCCAAGGACGUCCUAUUCUCUGCAAGGGUGAGAAGAUGACUUUUCAUUACCAGCCGGUGGUUUGUGGGUGGUUGGAGAAGGUUGCUGAAGGAGAUGUCAAACUUAGAGUUUCUGAGGGUAAGGGUUUAAAGUUUGAUAGAAAUACUGGAGGUAUACUUGUGGCUGCGCAAGACAUGCAUGGGUUGAAGAAUAAAAGGCCAAGGGUUAAGUUUGAGAAUGACUUACACUUAACUAAAAUUCUCAAUUAAUUUGUUUUGUGGAGAAGACAAAUUAUUUAGCAGAGAUACAAUGGCUCAUUUGAAUUUUUGCCAAUGUGGAGAUUUGUUGAAAACUGUGGCUCAAAUUUGCCAACUCAGCAUUGAUUACAUCAUCCAUUACUUCAUCAACUUGGCAGCCAAGGUGAGUGUUCAAGAAGCUGUUAUAGUGUCAUGCGUGGUCAACAAGAAUAUGCUUGAUCAGCAAGCAUAUGUUGAUGAUGUUUUGGCUAUAAAUUGGCUUUUUGCUCCACUUGGUUUAUGGUAUCCUGGGAUCAUCAGUUGAGUAUAGUUGAGUGAAUUUGUAGUAUCAUUUGGAGUGAAAGGUUUUGGGUGUAAUUGGGUUUUGGGUGUGAGCCACUUUGCUUUGUAUCUCUUUAUUUCCAUAGUCAAAUAUUAUUUUGUCUUCUCCCCGAGGACAUAGGCAUAGCCGAACUACAUAAAUCCUUGUCUCGUUGUGUGUGCUAUUUUAUUUUCUUGUCAUUAAUUUUCUCUUUGUUCUCAUAAACUCCUAUUUGAUCCUUAUUUUAUAACACUCUACAUACGAGUUCCAUACAAAAACAACAAUUUUUACCUACACAAAAUCAGUCUACCUCCAGUCUGGAACAGUCAAUCCCUUCUCAAAAUUUCAGUACUACUGAAACUGGAGGUAUAUGAAUCUUUGAACAUUAUUUCAAUAAAAUCCAUCUUGAUUUUUGUAAGAUUACUCAUUUUCUUAAGUAACCACUCAUGUAAUAUAAUCAUCAAGGAUACAACAAAAGACUCAUGGAGACACUAGGUGCCCUGACAUAUGGGGCAGAUCUGAGGAAGAUUGUACGUUUGUUGCUUUUAAUGAAUUGGGCAGUCCAUUGAGGAAAAAGGCAGAAUUUUGGGUCAAUUUCUGGGUACUAUAGCACGAAGCAGCGAGCUACUACCCUUGCAUUUUACAGAUUGGAGGAAUUUACCUGAUCGUUUUAAAGAGGAGGUCUGGAAGAUGGUCUUGGAAAAGUUUAUCAUUCUAGAGUAUGCUAAAUCAUGGGUACUGAAAUCGACUGGUAGGAAAUGGAGUAACUUUAAAUCUAAUUUGAAGAGAAAACAUUACAAGAAACAUGCGACUGAUGCAGAGUGACUGACAGAUCGUGAUGAUUGAGUUCUGCCAGAGCAGUGGUAUUACCUAAUUCAAUUUUGGAACUCAGACAAAGGACAGGUGUAAAGCACACAUUCCCUUUUUGAUUUCUCUUAUCUUUCUCUAAAUAAUGUUUUAACAUGUUUUUCUUAGUUUUAGGAGCGUAACAAUACUAAUACUAUCAGUCGUUCUAAGCAAAAAUAUACUCACAUAGCAAGGUCAAAAAGCUUUAUGCGAAUACGCGAAGAAGAGCGUAAGAAGAGGCCUAAUGGAGAGGAACCAACUCGGACAGAGAUGUAUAUCCUAACGCACACGCAGAAGAAUGGACAACCAAUGGAUGAAGCAUCUGCAAAAAUUAUUAUUAAACAGCUUAAAGAAUAUGCAACUCAGCAACCAGAAACUUCACAACGUGGUGCUGCUAGAGAUGGCAUCUUUUCCCAAGUAGUUGGCGAAGAUAGACAUGGCCUAGUUCGCACAUAUGGCUUAGGUCCCUCUCCGUCAGAUAUUUGGGGCACAACACCUAGUUGUGUGAAGUCAAUGAAGAUGGCUUCAGAGGGUAGAAAGGCUUGUGAAGAAGAAGUUCAUGAUUUAAAAGAAGUGCAAAAAUUGAAGCAACUAAUAAUUGGAUUGCAAGGCCGGAUGGAUGCUAGUGAUAACCAAAAUCAACUGGCUACACAUACUGAGCAAUAUACCACUCAAACUGCCCCCACCAAUACUCAUCAGGGCUUCCUUUUUUGUGCAUUUGAUGUGCCUGGCAUUGGUUGCUUUGGUUUCUCAUUGGUAAUGGCAUGGGAUAAUCUUCUACUACUACUGUCUUCAGGUGAGAAGUUGUACAAGGAUGAUACUUGAAGGAUAACAAGGAUGAUAUAUGGAGUCUCUCUCUCUUUUUACAAGGCAAGGAGUGUCAGAAGUUAGAUUAGUAGACGGACACUAAAAAAAUUGUAUGGUUGAGGCAUUUUUUUUUUUUUGUCAAGGAUGAUAUAUGGAUUAAAUAUUCUAUGGUUGAGAUUUUUUUUUUU